GGGCCGUGCCGGGAGGGCCCGGAGGACCGCGGUGCCGUCGCACCCAGCCCGGCCAUGGCCGCCCGCGGGGCCCAGCGGCCCAACGGGCACUCGCAGCCCAGUAAGAUCUGCCAGUUCAAACUGGUGCUACUGGGAGAGUCGGCCGUGGGCAAAUCCAGCCUGGUGCUGCGCUUCGUCAAGGGCCAGUUCCACGAGUACCAGGAGAGCACCAUCGGCGCGGCGUUCCUGACGCAGUCCGUCUGUCUGGACGACACCACGGUGAAGUUUGAGAUCUGGGACACGGCGGGGCAGGAGCGCUACCACAGCCUGGCCCCCAUGUACUACCGGGGAGCCCAGGCUGCCAUCGUGGUCUACGACAUCACCAACCAGGAGACCUUUGCCCGUGCCCGGGGCUGGGUGAAGGAGCUGCAGCGCCAGGCCAGCCCCAGCAUCGUCAUCGCCCUGGCCGGCAACAAGGCUGACCUGGCCAGCAAGAGGAUGGUGGAGUACGAGGAAGCCCAGGCCUACGCUGAUGACAACAGCCUGCUCUUCAUGGAGACCUCGGCCAAGACAGCCAUGAAUGUCAACGACCUCUUCCUGGCCAUUGCCAAGAAGCUGCCAAAGACGGAGCCGCAGAGCACGAGCGGGGCCGGGGGCCGGGGCCGGGGCGUGGACCUGAGCGAGCAGAGCCCGCAGGGCCGCGGGCAGUGCUGCAGCAACUGAGGGAUCCACUGGAUCCACUGGGAUCUACUGGGGUCCAGAGAUGGGAUUGAACCCAGAUCCAGCCCAAAUCCAGCCAGGACUGAACCCAGAUCCAGCUCACAGGGCCAUGGGCAGUGCUGCAGCAACUGAGGGACCCAGUGGGAUCUGCUGGGAUCUACUGGGAUCUACUGGGGUCCAGAGAUGGGAUCCAACCAGGACUGAACCCAGAUCCAGCCCAAAUCCAACCAGGACUGAGCCCAGAUCCAGCUCAAAUCCAGCCAGGACUGAACCCAGAUCCAGCUCACAGGGCCGUGGGCAGUGCUGCAGCAACUGAGGGAUCCACUGGGAUCUGCUGGGAUCUACUGGGGUCCAGAGAUGGGAUUGAACCCAGAUCCAGCCCAAAUCCAGCCAGGACUGAACCCAGAUCCAGCCCACAGGGCCGUGGGCAGUGCUGCAGCAACUGAGGGAUCCGCGGGAUCCACUGGGAUCCGCUGGGAUCUGCUGGGGUCCAGAGAUGGGAUCCAGCCCAAAUCCAGCCAGGACUGAACCCAGAUCCAGCGCCCAUAUCAGGGCAGUGCUGCAGCAACUGAGGGAUCCACUGGGAUCAGAGCUGGGAUUGAACCCAGAUCCAGCCCAAAUCCAGCCGGGAUCACAGCCAGGACCCACCAGGACUGAACCCAGAUCCAGCCCAAAUCCAGCUGGGAUCACAGCCAGGACCCACCAGGACUGAACCCAGAUCCAGCCCAAAUCCAGCUGGGAUCACAGCCAGGAUCCAGCCCAGGUCCAGCCCAAAUCCAGCUGGGAUCACAGCCAGGACUCACCAGGACUGAACCCAGAUCCAGCCCAAAUCCAGCUGGGAUCACAGCCAGGAUCCAGCCCAGAUCCAGCCCAGGUCCAGCCCAAAUCCAGCCGGGAUCACAGCCAGGACCCACCAGGACUGAACCCAGAUCCAGCUCGCAGCUGCAGCAACUGAGGGAUCCAUGGGACCUGAUGGGAUCCAGCCCAAAUCCAGCUGGGAUCAGAGCUGGGAUUGAACCCAGAUCCAUCUGGGAUUACAGCCAGGAUCACAGCCAGGAUCCAGCCCAGA